AUGAAGUUCACCUAUCUUUUUGCCAUAAUUGGCCUUGCAGGAACUGCUCUUGCAGUUGCGGCACCAGAGCCCGCUGCUGGGAUCGUGGAGAGGGACCAAGAGGCGCAGGCCAAUGAGGCUGCUACUCAAGGUCAGGAAUGGGGUGGCCCUGGUUGGGGCGGUGGAUGGGGUGGUCGCGGCGGAGGAUGGGGAGGCGGAGGUCGAGGUGGUGGAUGGGGUGGACGCGGCGGAGGAUGGUAG